CUCCUCAAGUCGGGGGGCCCGCCGUCCGCGACCCAGCUAAUCCAGUCAUAGAGGCGAGGCGUAGACGCGCAGCGCCCACGGCGCGGCUGCGCGCGCCCCGCCCCGCCCCGGAAGGGCAACGUGCUCGACGGAAUGCCGCACCGGGACGUCGUGUCAGCCACGGCCGCCAUCGGCGCGCUCACCCACCGCGGCCGGCACCGCGACGCCCUCGCCCUGUUCUCUCGAGUGCUCACCGACGGCGUCGAGCCCAAUGAGUUCACCUUCGGCACCGUCUUCCGCUCGGCCACCGCGCUGCGCGCUCCGCGCGUCGGCGUGCAGCUCCACGCCUGCGCUGCCAAGCUCGGCCUCUGCUCCAACGCCUUCGUCGGCAGCGCUCUCCUCGACCACUACGCCAAGACGGGCGCCAUGAGGGAAGCCCAAAGGGCCCUCGAGGAUACCCGUGAGCCGAACGUGGUCUCCUACACCGCGCUCAUUGCGGGUUUGCUGAAGAAUGCGAUGUUUGAGGAGGCAGCCCGGGUGUUCCGGCGCAUGCCAGAGAGGAACGUGAUCUCUUGGAAUGCGAUGAUCAGCGGGUGUAGUCAGGCCGGUCUCAGUGAGGAAGCUGUCAAUCUGUUCCUGGAAAUGUGUCGAGAAGGUGUCAGGCCGAACGAAAGCACGUUCCCCUGCGUGCUCACUUCUGUUGCUAAUGCAGGAUCACUCGGCGUUGGUAGAAGCGUCCAUGCAUCGGCCAUCAAGCUCUUGGGAAAGCUUGACGUUUAUGUGGGCAAUUCUCUUGUGAGCUUCUAUGCCAGGUGCGGUAGCUUGGAUGACAGUAUCCUAGCGUUCAAAAAGAUCAAGCAAAAGAACGUGGUCUCCUGGAACGCGCUGAUCUGCGGGUAUGCGCAAAAUGGGAGGGGAGAAGAGGCUUUGGAUGCUUACAAGGCGAUGAGAGGAACGGGCCUGAGGCCGGAUAAUGUCACAUUUCUCGGCUUGCUGUUUGGUUGCAACCAUGCUGGGCUGGUUGACGAGGGUUACGCAUUGUUCAAUGCUGCUCAGAUGGAGCAACCCGGCACACUGAAGCCUGAGCAUUACGCUUGUGUAGUUGAUCUACUAUCUCGGGCCAAGCGGUUCGACGACGCCAAGAGGUUUCUUGAGGAGCUGCCCUUUGAGCCCGGCAUCGGGUUCUGGAAGGCGUUGAUAGGAGGCUGUCAGAUUCACUGGAACAGGGAGUUGGCUGAGAGCGUUGCGAAGCGCAUUCAUAUGCUGGAUCCGAAGGACACAUCUUCCUACGUUCUUCUCUCUAAUGUUUACUCUGCGGCUGGAAGCUGGCAAAGUGUAUCCAUGAUCAGGAGGGAGAUUAAGGAGAAGGGGCUGAAGAGGAUCACUGGCUGCAGUUGGAUUGAGGUCCAGGACAAGGUGCAUGUCUUCUUUAACGGAGACUGUAGGCAUCCUCGGAGUGAUAAAAUUUACUCGAUGCUCGAAGCAUGUCUGUAUACCAGGGAAGAUGAUGAACAUGCGCAGUCAGUUGUAUGAUCAUGACAAAUCAUCCAAAAGACUAUUGGCGAAGGUGCUUGCUUGUCGACGUUUUAUAUCCUUAUUCAUUAAGACCACAGCAGACUGGAAUCCUGCACGCCUUAAGAACGAAUAAUCAAGUUUCAGGUAUCAGAUGAAUUAAUGUGUUGCGGUAGCAGCAAGAAAUAUACCUCAGAACGCCAACAACAAAGGAAAGCUGCGAGUUCCUGGACCCUAGAGACCAGAACAAAAUGGGCAGCCGGGUCAUGCUCCUCGGGUCAGAGGAUGGUGCUGCAAAUCCUGCAAUCUCAGAAGAUCAGCACAGAGCUUUUACAUCACAAUGCUGGCUGAUUUGUUUUCUUUUCCUUCUCGACGUUCUUUUUAAAAAUAGUUUAAAUCUUGCAAUUUGCAAUGUUGACAGAUUACAUCGGAAGCCCUGAGAAAAUUGUAAUGCGUCAAGAUUAUGGAGAACUAGUCCCAAGCAAAACUGAUUGUCAAUCACAAGUUUCUGGAGAUUCAAAUGUAUCC